UCAGCUGAGCAACAGAAAAAAUCACAGGUAAAGAAGAGUGGUCUAGUUGUGGUGAAAAACACGAAGAUUGUCGGUCUUCAUUGUUCCAGUACAGACUUGCAUGCUGGCCAGAUUGCACUCAUUAAACACGGAUCAAGACUUAAAAACUGUGAUCUUUAUCUUUCCAGAAAACCAUGUUCAACUUGUUUAAAAAUGAUUGUAAACGCUGGGGUGAACAGGAUUUCUUACUGGCCUGCAGAUCCUGAAAUCAGCUUGCAGAACGAGGCGUCCAAUCCCAUGAGUACUGAUGAUGCAAAGCUAGAUGCCAAAGCAGUAGAAAGACUGAAGUCAAAUAGUCGUGCUCGGGUGUGUGUGUUGCUUCAACCCCUGGUGUGCUAUAUGGUGCAAUUUGUUGAAGAAACUUCCAUGAAGUUUGAUUUUAUUCAAAAAAUAGCAAAAUCUCAGCCUGACUCUAAUACCGACUUUUAUACUGUGUGUAGACAAGAGAGAAUAAAAGAGUAUGAAAGUUUAUUCCUAAUUUCAAAUGAGGAAAUGCACAAGCAAAUAUUGAUGACAAUAGGACUGGAGAACCUCUGUGAAAAUCCAUACUUCAGCAACCUGAGGCAAAAUAUGAAAGAUCUCGUCUUGGUCUUGGCGACAGUGGCUGCCAGUGUCCCCAUCUUUGGAUCCUUUGGAUUUUACAACAGCGAAUCACAGCGAACAAAUGAAACAGACCGUCAGGGUUUGCCCCAAGAAAUCGCAAGGCACUGCAUGGUACAAGCCAGACUGCUUGCAUACCGGACAGAGGAUCAUAAAACAGGAGUUGGAGCUAUUAUUUGGGCAGAAGAAAAAUCAAGAAGCUGUGAUGGGACAGGAGCAAUGUAUUUUGUAGGCUGUGGUUACAAUGCCUUUCCUGUUGGAUCCGAGUAUGCUGAUUUUCCACACAUGGAUGAUAAACAAAAGGAUCGGGAAAUCAGAAAGUUCAGAUACAUUAUACAUGCGGAGCAGAACGCUUUGACGUUCAGGUGUCGAGAAAUAAAGCCAGAUGAGAGAAGCAUGAUAUUUGUGACAAAAUGUCCAUGUGACGAAUGUGUCCCUUUAAUCAAAGGGGCUGGUAUCAAGCAGAUCUAUGCAGGAGAUGUUGAUGCUGGAAAAAAGAAAGCAGACAUAUCCUACAUGAAAUUUGGUGAACUUGAGGGUGUAAGCAAAUUUACAUGGCAACUAAAUCCACUGCACACUAAUGCCCUGGAAUUUAAUGACUGUACAGCCAGGGAAAAUGGGGUGCAGAAAACAAAAUCACUAGAUGACCAGCAGCACCAAAACAAGAAACUGUGUCUUGGUCACUACUGAAUAAUUAAGCACUUCUGCAGUCUUGCUCUGUACUUUUUAUAAUGCAGCCUGUUUGCACUUUCAAAUAAGGAAGAGUUUUAUUUAUUGUUUGGAAAGUGAUUUUUAGAAUAAGUUUAUUUAUGAUGUCUUAAAUGUUUUACAGAAUUACGUGAAGGUCUUUUUAAUUUAGAAGGUCCUGGGGAAAAAAUGCUGCUUGUAUUUUCUGUGAAAGUAACUGGGUGGCUAAUCAUUGUUAAUACAUUAAAAAAAAAUACU